AUGAACAGUAAAUAAAAUAAGCAUGACAAAAAGUAACUCAAAGAAGAAGAAAUAAAAUAUACCUAACUAAACUGCUAUCCCGUGUCCUGUUAUGAAGUGUGAUAUAAAUACAACUGUUGUGAAUAUUUUCCAAACGGAUAUAUUCGAAAAGCAUUUCAUUAUUUAGGUUGUUAUAUACAAAUUUUGUACCCAACACAAAUUUUGUCCUCUUUUAAAACUCACCAUAAGUGCUUCAAGAUGGAGGAGACACCUGAGGAGUCUACAUUUACUGAAGGCCUUCUCAAACCUAAGGAGGAAAUAUUAGACAUAGAAAUCACUAUAAAGAAAGAGUUCUAUGACGAAACAGACUUAGUUAUACCAAAAGAAGAGCUCUCCAACACCAAUACCAGUUCUCACUUGGAUGCUGAUGAUUCAAACAACCAAAAAUGCAAUAUUAAACAUUUAAAGCCAAUUAAGACUGAGCCAAGUGAAGAAAAUACUCAAUUACACCAACAACUAGAGUUAUCUGGAAUCACAGAAACAACACCAACUGAAUUUGUGUCUACAGGAACUACAACUAUAGAAAUUAAAAUAGAACCUAUUGCUGAAACAAGUGCUCCUGCAGACUGUACUGAAACACAAGAUGGUGCUCCUUUGUCGCAAAAGUACACGCAGAUCCAACGCGGUAGGACUGGCCCUUCUUUCACGAAGAAAUGUACGCAGAACAAACGCGGUAGACCACCUAUGAAAAAUAAACUUAACUCUUGCAAUAUUUGCGGGAAAGACUGUAAAUACAAAAGUGCACUAGUUUUACACAUGAGGACACACACGGGGGAGAAACCAUUUUCUUGCGACCUAUGCUUCAAGAACUUCACCCAAAAGAAUAAUUUAAAAUCUCACAGAAGGAUUCACACGGGUGAAAAGCGCUGUGUUUGCGACCUGUGUUCCGAGGAAUUUGAAAGUAUUAAAAGUUUAUCAGAACACAUGAGGAGUCAUCCUGAAGACAAACCGUAUUCGUGUCACCUAUGCCAGGCUAAAUUUACUCAACGGCAACAUUUAACGUCACACAUGAGAACACACCCUCCGGACAAACCGUAUUCUUGCGACUUCUGUCAGGCUAGCUUUUCACAAAAAGGCAAUUUAAUAUCCCACAUGAGACUUCAUAAUGGAUCGAAACCUUAUUCUUGUAACCGGUGUUAUGCGAAAUUUGCACGUAAAAGGUAUUUAUUGGUGCACAUGCGGUCGCACACUGGAGAGAAACCGUUCAGUUGCGAUAUCUGUCCAUACAAAUCUGCAUAUCAAUAUCGAUUAGUGACGCACAAGAGAACACACACUGGUGAGAAACCGUACACUUGUGACGUAUGUCACUCUGAAUUUACGCUAAGACACAAUUUAACAAACCACAUGAAAACACACACCGGAGUCAAACCAUUUUCUUGUAGCUAUUGUAAUAUGAAGUUUGCUUUAAACAGAUAUUUAACUAAUCACGUAAAGAUACACACAGAUAAACCGCAUUGCUGUAACCUGUGCGAAAAGAAGUUCACCCAAAAAAUACAUCUGACCGAACACAUGAGACACCACACCGGUGAGAAGCCGUUUUCUUGCGAGCAAUGCCAACAUAAAUUCGCAAUAAAAAGAUAUUUAACUGCUCACUUGAGAACUCACGCGGAAAGUAAACCGUAUUCCUGCGAUUUGUGUGAGAAGAAAUUUGCGAAAAAAACUCCUCUAGCUGACCAUAUGAGAAUCCACACUGGGGAGAAACCUUUUGUUUGUAAACAUUGUCAUGCCAAAUUUGCUGUGAAAAGAUAUUUAAAUGCUCACUUGACUACUCACAUUGCAAAGAAACAUUCGAAAGCCGAACGCAAUAAUCACUGACGCCAUCAAUGCGAGGCGCUGCCAUUUGUUUUUGAUGACUGCAAUAAAGUGUUCUCCAAACAGGUCGGGGAUGCUUGUGUGUUGAGAUGCACACGAGAACUUAAUUUUUAUAUAUCUGUCAAACUGGACAGCCAUGUUGAUGGCGACUCUUAUCCUAGAAAGAAAGCCUAAUGGACCUAAUUACAACAAACAUUUAAAUGAGCAAAAGGUUACAAUAAAAAAAAAAAAAUUAACUUUUGCUUAUUGCUACUGGUUCGGUAGCAGUAGGUAGGUACGCUCGAUUCUACGGAUAAGACAUUGGGUGUUAUAGUUCUUCCACCAUCUAUCAUGAUCGCGGUGUAGAAUAUAGAAGGCGAGGCCUUGAUUCCGUGGAAAUUAAAAUAGUUGAACCCGAUUUUAUGACAGAUAUUUAUCCACAGUCACCUCUUUUUGCGGAUCUUAGACUAAUCAGCUCUUCCCUACGAAAUCCAAAACACAGUUCCAAUCGCAAGUCAAUCGUGGUCCAGUAUGUUACGGUCACUAUGUAUCACACUUAAUCACUUAUUUAACUUCGAAGUUAUUUCAAGUCGUUCUCAGAGCAGACUAACUCAGUCGCGUCAGACACCCGCUUUCGUACCACUUGUCUGACCCUUCGAACCUUCUUUACUCGGUAAUUGUAAACAAGAUCGAUGAUUUUUCUGUUGAUGUUACUUUGUUGUUUCACAGGUAUUAAAUACCUACACGUUAAGUAGUCACGCGCAAUAAUAAACUUUUAGUUCCUAGUAAUAAGGUGCUUUGUAACAAUAUUUAUAGUCGGCAACAAAUAUCAGUUGCGAGUGCAUUACAGUUUUCAAUAAAGCAA